AGGCUAUAUACUGGGAGUUGACGAUAACGCCGUCUACAUCCGCCUUUCUAGAUUAAGGCCUCCAACAUGGUAGGUUGGACGAGCACGUUGCUCUCUAAUUAUUUCAACUUAUUACAAAUCCUGUACCAUAUUUUAAAUAAGCAAUUUUUUUUUAAAAAAUUAAUUAUAACACACAUUCUUGUAUUAGAAUUAGAUGAUUUGUAUUUUCUUAGUCGUAAUAUUUAUUUCAUAAUUAAUCACAUGGUUUUUCUCAACGUGAGCCAGAAAGUCGAAGGAGGGGUUGUUAAAAUUAAGACAGGGUGAUAUUUAAAAGAUCAAUUCAUUUUCAAAUCCCUUGAAUGAAUUGGAAAUAAUUUGGUAUUCCAGUAAUUGUAAAGAAUCUAUUUUAUUAUCGGGGACAGGUCUUUAACUUAAGUCUUAAUUCAUCUCCAGCCUCCUCAAUCAGUAAUUAGUAUUGCUGAUUUUACUUCUGUUACUGUUAAGGGGGGACAGGUAGUCAAAAUGCUAAAAUUUUAAACACUUGACUAAGACAGAAUAUUUUUUGCUAAUCACAUUGCAAAAGCAAUAAAAACACUUAAAAAAACCAAUUGGGACUAAUUAAUUAUUUUUUUUUAUGCUUUUGAUGAGAAAAUAGGGGUAAAAUUGAGCAAUUUUAUAUACUUACAGGAAACAGCGUAGCUCAAUAACCACCAAUAAGAAUUCAAUGAAACUUGGCAUAAAUAUUAAUAAUAGGACAUUGCACAAUGUGAUAGAAGGAAAUUAGCAUAACUGAAAAAAUAAUUUUUUUGUGAAUUUUUUAAAAUUAUGUCAAAAAAUAAUCCAUCAUUUACGUAAACUGUCCUAUCAAAAUUCAAAAUAAUUUUUUUGUCUCUUAAAAUAGAAUAAAAACCCUCUAUCACAUUGUAGAUAAACAUGUUAGGAACAUGUGGUGCAAAUUUCUUUAUAAUCUGAUAGGUUGUUUCUGAGAUACACUGCUUCCAAUAACCUGACCCUCGUAAAAUUGACACAAAUGAGAAAAUGCAAAAAGAAGUUUUAUUAUUGAAAUAAUUUAUUUUUCAAAUAAUUAAAGUGGCAUAAAGUUAUAUUAUUAUAUCACCUUGGCUUCUUGAAAAUAUGAUACAUCAAAAAUAUAUUUAAAAAGUCUUUCUGUGGAAAAAAUAUAACUGAUUCUCUAGCCCACCCCCCAAAGAAAAAAAAUGCGAAAAAUUUAAAUAAAUCUGCUCUGAGAUAAAACUGCCUCUUUUCCUCUUAUGUGUUGUGGAACCUCUUCUGAGCAAUAGCUGACUGCCAACAGUAACAUGUCUUUCCAGUAGGGCAGUCAUGGUGUUUAGGGUUCUCAUCAGGCCAGGCAGCUGCAAGCAUGCGGAAAAUGUCAGAAUAUUCCUCCGAAGGUCUUUUCAUCUGUAACUUUCGAUGGCCACUGCAUUCUCACAGAGCCACUGCUGAAGAUUCAUUUUAUCUGUUAAAAAUGUAUAUAUAAUUACACUUUGCUCCAUCAACAAUAAAUAUAGUAACAGCAUUACAUUUUUUUUUAUAAAUGCAGAUAGAUAAUAUAUUGAGCAGCUGUUCGUGGGGCCUGUAGAGAUGACAAUAUAAAAAAACAAUUAUAUAUCAUUAUGAUAUAAACCUUACAAUACUUCCAGUCUUACACUUACACCCACCUGGCAUCAGGUGUCAUGGCACUCUUAGAUUCUACUGCCACCAUGUUUCCAAGAGUAGUACCUGUUCGAAGCAAGCUGUACUUUUGGCUCGCAGAAUCGCUGCUUGUUUUCUUGGUGCCAUUUCACUGCAAAUAAAUCAGAACAAUUUAAUUUUAGUCAUCAAGGUAAAGAAAGGAUUACAAAUGAAGUGGUUAAUUCCUUAUCUUUUAAAUUGUUGAUGAUGAGAGAAUUCAAUCAAACCCAACAACACCCACACACCUUUCAAAUAACUAACCUCAAACAAAUUUUUUUUUUUUUUUUUUAGUUUACACUCAAUUCUUGACAAGUAAAUAAGCACAUAAUAAAAUAUAUCUGGUUAAUGAUAGUUAUUAAAUAUUAAAACUUUGAAACAAGUAUAUAUAUAUAUAAUUGAUAAUUUAGUUAGUUUCAGAACUGAAAUGAUCCUUGUAUUUAUAAUAAUUUGUAUGGGUAGGUUGUCACUACUGACGUGAGAAAGCAUGACGUUGACGAUACUGAUACUAGUACUAUUACUAAAACAAUUUUUAAUAAUGAAAUGGUAAAUCAUACUACAUCCAUAUUUACCUUUGGCUUGUUAUUGAACAAAUAUAGUGAGCACGAAAAGAGCAGCCUUUGAUAAAUCCAAUGUAAGUCUGACAAACGGUGGAUAGUUUUAUCAACACAGAAUGGUUGCGAAACGAAAGUAACCGUGUUGCAUUUCGGUAUACGGUAACCCAAUUUGUGCUAUUUUUGGUAACAUUACUAAUAGUCGACCAAUGAAAUUACAGGCUUUACUACACGAUGACGUAGAAGCCGUCUAAACACACUUUUACAACAAAUGUGACGUAUUGCACAGCUCGCUUCUCUUUGUUAGGUAGAAUGAUUUUGAGAUAAGUAGGUCACAGUUGUAGCCAGUGGUCUAAGCUUUCCAAAGAGGCCUAACAAUAGGCAUUAGGCUUGAAGGAAUGCGGUUGUAAAGGGUUUUAAAAUGACCAUAACGCGUCGGAAAGCCGAUUUUCCUGAAAUGGUUGCCUAGAUACGUGUUAUAUUAGGACAAAUUAUGUACUUAUAACAAUUAUUUUUAGCAAAUUUUAUUUGUGGAUUGUGUUUAUAAGUGGUUAUUGUAACCAAAUAUACACUUUUUGGAAAAUUGAAAAAAACAAAAAAAACAUGAUUUUUACGAAAAGUUGACUACCGGUCCCCCCUUAAGUCACAGAAAUGGGGUCCAUUGGUCUAGGUCUUGCUUUUAAAAUUAGUGCAGAUGAUAAUAAUAUAGGUAUAUUUUUAUUUUUGUUAGCCUGCUAAGAAGGCGGAAGCUAAAAGUGCUGCCAAAGCUGGCAAAACCACAGUUGGUAAGCCCAAAAAGGAGGGUUCAGGUGGUAAAGCUAAAAAGAAGGUAGGUAAUUCUUUCUACCAUUAAGAAGUUGAACUUAAUUGUUAAAUGUUGUUUAAUGGAGAUUUGUAUGAAUUUGUUAUUUAUGUAGGCCCUAUUUUAAGUAUGAACUGACCAAAGUGUCAUAUUUGUGACAAUUUGUCAUUUGUCCUCUGCAUUUAUUUGUUUUGACUGAAGAUAUGUGUAGAUUUUAUCUAUUAAUUUCAAUAACAAUCUCGCUCCUGAUUCAUUAUUUGUUCAGGCAUAUAGCACUUGACUGCAGUUUGUUAUGAUUUGAUUUACUUCAGACCUAACACUUAGUUUUUCCCCCAUGCAUUUUCUUCAUUCAAAUGUGGUUAUGAUUGGUAAAAGCACUAAGGGUUUUGCCAAGAGUUUUCCUGCACUGGGCAACACUUGGUGACGUGGUGCAUAAGUUGGCUAGACAACUAGUUGAACCAGACCAGAACAAUGUUUAUUAGUUUCAUGUCGUCACAGAGCACCAUACCUAAGUAACUGCAGACAUAAUGACACACACGUUUCUAUUAGUGCCUGUCUUCGAUUUUUUGAAAAUAGAAAUUUCCAAAAACACAAACACCUACACACAACCCCCCUCCCCUCCCUUCAACAAAUACAAAUUUGAGAAAGCAAAUUAUAUAAAUACUGUUCUAAUCUUUUUAAAACAAAACUAUUGUUGAUAGUUGACCUGGGCUUGGGGAACCUUCAUGACCAAUUUACUGUGGAAGAAGUUGCCUGACCCUACCGCCAAUGCUAGCUUUCAUAUGCUUAACAGUAUUCUAUUGAUGUGCUGAAUUGUGCCUCUUUAAAAAAAAAGAAAAGUACAGUCUUAAAUAUUAGUUACCGGUAUCAAUGUUUGACAUGGUGAAGGCAAUUAAAAUUCUUUGGACUUUGUAAGUUUUUACCUUCCUAUGUUGUGUGCAGUGUAAGGUUUCUGUUAACUCAAAAUUUCUCUUUUGCAGAAGUGGUCCAAAGGAAAAGUAAGAGAUAAAUUGAACAAUUUGAUCCUCUUUGACAAGGCCACUUAUGACAAAUUGUACAAAGAGGUUCCCAGCUACAAACUUAUUACCCCUUCAGUAGUUUCUGAGAGAUUGAAAGUUAGAGGAUCAUUAGCAAAGCAAGCUUUGAGGGAAUUGCAUUCUAAAGGUAACAUUAAUCUCAGGAAAAAUAGAUAUUUUGAAAAUCAAAUUGCAGUGAAAAUAAUGUGACAUACUAGUAUGCAUAUCUUCAUCCUCUUAAAAUGGCGAGGCCUUAUAUCUGAAUUGGUCAUUUUGUUAUGCUGUAAGUCACUUUCAGCGCUCCAUCAUAUUAGUUACGGUACCAGGUAUUCCAACUAUAUCAUUUAAGGUAUACUGGGUGCAAAUUGAACACAACAUUAUUAACUCCAUGUUUUACAUUAUAAUUACUACCGGUGGUGUAACAUUUUCUGGCACCACCAGCAGUUUGUUAAAUGGCAGAUCUUGGUGCUAUUACCUAUUAGCAACUUAGAUUUUCGUCAGCUACUUCAGGGCGUCCUGUCUAAAAUUUUAGAGUUUGCCCAAUUGCUGUAAUUGUCAGUUCUGAAUAUGUUUGAGGUUAUAUCAAACUAAUACAACAUUUUAACUCAUUCCCUCCGUCAGUGAAACUUUCUUACUUAAUUUAUUUACUGAGAAAAGGGAAGCAGCUCAGUUUUGAAAUUGAUUUACCAGUACAUUUUAAAAAUACUAAAGCGCACUGUUUUAAAGUGCAACAAGAUUUUAAAAAACUUCCGGUUUUUAAAUUAAAAUCACUUAGAAUCAUGCCAUAGCCGGAAGUCUCCAGGAUCGUGAGAAUUCAUUGCUAUUUUAACUCAUUCCCUCCUGCAAUGCUACUUCCGUAUUUAACUCAUUCCCUCCGGCAGCGCUGCUUCCGGACUUAAUUUAUUUUCCUGAGAAAAGGGAAGCUACUCAGUUUUGAAAUUGAUUUAUAUUUUUAAAAUAUUUUUUUAAGUUGCUAAAUAUUAUUUAAUGUUAAUGAAUUAAGAACAAAUGCAACAAAAAAUGAAUAAGGUUUAAUAUAAAUAUAACAUUAGUUUUUUAAAAUAUUUUUUUAAGUUGCUAAAUAUUAUUUAAUGUUAAUGAAUUAAGAACAAAUGCAACAAAAAAUGAAUAAGGUUUAAUAUAAAUAUAACAUUAGCGGGGGAAAAAUAACGAACAAUGGCCAAAAAAAUCGAUUUUCGGCACCUCGGACGAACACAUGGUACAUAUAGACGCGCCGUACUAAAGCACACGUAGUUUUAAAGUGAAACAAGAUAAAAACUUCCGGUUUCUAAAUUAAAAUCACGCAGAAAUCACGCCAUAGCCGGAAGUCUCGAGGGGUGCGAGAUUUCAUUGCUAUUUUUAACUAAAAAUAAGAGAGGUGUGUCGCUAUGCGCCGGGACGCAUUUGGACGCAUCAGUAGGAACCCCCCGAGGACGCAUUUAGUCGCAACCGUCGGGAAUGAGUUAAUUUAUUUGCCUGAGAAAGGGAAGUAACCCCGUUUUGAAAUUGUUUACAUUUUUUUAAUAUGUAUUUAAGCUACUAAAUAUUAUUUAAUGUUAAUGAAUUAAGAACAAAUGCAACAAAAAAUGAAUGUUUAAUAUAAAUCUAAGAUUAGCGGGGACAAAAUAACGAACAAUGACCAAAAAAUAGAUUUUCUGCACCUCUGAUGAACACAAGCUACAUUUGGACGCAUCCGGCGAAACCCGUAACAGACGCAUUUAGUCCCAAACGUCGGGAAUGAGUUAACUGGAGGUGUGUGCCAGGAACCAUCCGUUGAAACCCCCAAAGGACGCAACCGUCGGGGAAUGAGUUAAGGGAAACAAUUGCAUUUCAAUAAGAUCAAAAUUUAUUCUUGCCAGGGGUUUCAGCAGAAUCUACAUUUUUGUAGUUCAUUUAUAAUUUCCAUUUGUUUCUGUUUUAGGUUUGAUUCGCCUUAUAUCCAAACACGCAUCUCAAAUGAUCUACACAAGAGCAACAAAGGGAGAUAAAGAGGAUGCUGAAUAAAUUAAUUUUCUCUUUCUAAUAAAUUUAUUUGGCUAAAUUUAUUUAUUUUGUUGCGUAUAGUGUUUACUAGAAAUGUUCUGUUAAAGUUUUCUAAAUCUCUUUACAACUUGUGAAGCCAGAUUAAAAUUGAGCAGCUAGUAUCAAUUGUUUAAUUAUUAAUGUGCCAUUUUGUGCUAAACAUGCUUGGCCUGAUCUGGCAACAGUGUUGCUUUGUUUUAAGACAUUUGAAUUAUAUCUAUGGUUUGCUAAAGACUAAAAGGAAUAUUAGAAAAGUCUUGUGUAAAUAAUGCUAUGCGAGAAAACUUUGCAACAAGAAAUAGUUUUCUUUUGAAUCAGUCUGGUUCCAAUGUUCCAACAUUUGGCAGUAUUCUAGUUUGAAAGGAUGUCCUGGUUUGAAAGGAUUUCAAAGAGUGCUAGUCCUUCAUCAUGUACCAGUACUUGGUGCUUUUUUAAGGAUGUCAAAGAGUGCUAGUCCUUCAUCAUGUACCAGUACUUGGUGCUUUUUUUAAGUCUGUUACGCCAUUCAAGUUCCAAGUUUUAAGACCUGUUUACGUUAUAAAAAUCACAAACUUAAAUUACUUUUUUUUCCAAUUAAAAGAAAUCCAUUAUAAUUUGUACCAGGUAUCGUUAUUUAUAUUAAUUUUGAUUGUGGAU